UAUGCCUUUCUGUUGCACGUCUGCGGUGUGCUUCAGCUGAGACAACCCUUUGUAACCGACCCCCAACAACUGUUAUCUGCUUAUCGCUGGAAGCGCAGGAGUGUGUGUUAUAUCUUGCUUUUGUGAAACCUGUUACGGGCUGCUUAAGGAUCUGUGCAUACUCUGCGAAGCUCUGCGCGACUUGUAACUGAGCACUUUUGUAAUAUAUGUAGACGGUCGCAGUGACAACCAGCGCAUCGCUGCCAUACAUUGGUCGUGAAGAUAAACGCAGCGCAAACUGACGACGUCGAAUAUCCGGAAAACCGCAGCAUCGGCUGGUACACUGCCAGCCGUCAUGCCAAAAAAGUUUUGACACCCAUGAGUUUUCUCGGCUGCGACAACAACAGCUUCGCUAUGAGGGGACUGCACCAGAUCCUGGACGAAGUGAAGCCUGAACUGAAACCUCUGCCCGGCGUCGCUCUGCUGGCUAAGUCUCACGGCAUCAAAGUACCGCCGAAUGAUCGCUAUUCAUACGGGAUUGACUGCGAUGAAGUCUACCCGGGCAUAUUCGUCGGUGACGAAGGUGCUGCACGCAACAAGCACUACCUGCGUGGUCUAGGUGUGACCCAUGUUCUCAACACUGCGGAGGGUUCCCAGUUUGGUCAGGUGGACACAAGCCAGGCAUUUUAUAACAGCCAUGGCAUUUCUUACUUGGGCCUACGUCUUGUUGACAUGCCACGGGAAGACAUCGCAGCACACUUCGACAAAUGCGCCAACUUUAUUGACGACUGCCUUGAGAACAAUGGGAAAGUACUGGUAAACUGCCGCAUGGGAAUGUCACGGUCUGCAACCAUAGCCAUCGCCUACUUGAUGAUCAAGAAAGGAAUGACUGUUGAUGAUGGCUUGCGCACUCUACGCAUGAACCGGGCAGUACGACCCAAUAAUGGUUUUCUUUUGCAACUUGUCCAGCUGGAUGUAAAAUUGCGCAGCUAAAUUAGGCUCUUCAGCAUUUUAUUGGCAUUGCUUCUGUGUUUGAUGCUCAGCAGGAAAAAUCAUCCAGCCUCAGUUCUGGGAGGAAUGCUGUGUUGGUUUAUAUAUCAACCAGCUCUCCAACAUGUUUGUAUGUCCUUUUUGACUGAUGUGUGGAAUCUUAGACAGCCGAACAUGAAGAUGGCAGGUUUAGGGGUUGCCCUUUCUCUAAGAAACAGCAGUGGCAUAGAAGCUUGAAGGCCUUCCUCGAUUCAUUACGUGCUGGUGUAAAAAAAUGCAUGAUGGAUGUUUUCCGACUUUUUUUUAUUAGCUUAUUGCAUUAAAAUUCUAUUGCUAUGAAGCAAUUAUAAGCAAGGCAUGCUUUCACAGGCUUGGGCAAGAUUUGACAGCACUGACUCUUGUUUCUGCAUAUCUACAAGUUUGCUGACUUAUUAUGUCAGUGUUUCAUGUAUAGGCACUUCUUGCAGCAUGUUUAUUUGUCAGUGUGGUGAAGUGAAAUUAAUAAAACAUAUUAUUAUAAUUACAAGGAUUAUUGUAUUUGUGUUAAUAUCAUUUUUUCAGUAUAAAAUUCACUAUAUAAGUUGGCCUCAUGUGCCAAGUAAUCAUUGUUUUAUGGCAUCUUGAAGAUGAUGCAGUAAUGUGUGACUAGAAUCUUUUCUUCUUUAGUGAAAUAGAACAGGGCCUUAUCGGUACGUAAGCAGACUCACUGUGCAGACAAUCUAUACUGGCAACAUGCUUGCUUUGACACUGUGCCUGCAUUGCACGGUACUUGCAUCUGGUGCCCAAAAACUUCGUUUCGUUUCUACAAAUGAAGAAGACCCAAGUCAUCUUUUCGUAGUUGUUGGGAUUCUUGUGGAACCUGCAAGUUUUUCACUAUUUCAAAUUGAAAGUGCAGUUGAGCUUCUUGAUGUUAUAACUUGCUGACUACACCAAGCCUUUCAAAGACAUCGUAUAUGACAGAAGCUGGCUUUAUGUACCAGGUAAUCUAAACCUGAACACUUUUUGCAAGGAGUCGUUAGCUAGGCUCUUCUUUGUUAAGUGCUUUGUUCUUGUUCUUCAAUUUUCGUUGUGACAUUUUAGUGAAGAGGUGGAAUCACAGAUGCACGUCUUACCACAAGACUUCAAUUCCACUGUGUUUACCUCAAUAUUGUUGACUUUUAGCAAUCUCUUUACAUUUUACAAAAUUUUGGCCUUCAGCUUCUGUCCCAUGUUUGGUGUCGUAUAUUAAAAAAUGUUUCUUCUAGUCAAGGAAGUUCAGGAUUUAACUGUGAAUUUCACUGCGCUUUGAUCUCAUUGUUAGGGUGAAAAUUAAUUCACUGCAAAAUAUUAUUAGCAUGCUGUACAUGUAUACACAAAUUAAAUAUAAUUAAAAUGGUGAUUUCGAAUGAUUCAUUCACUGAAUUCUGUGGCACCUGUCUUUCAGGUAUGCAGUUUGGCACCUUAUGGGGUGUCUGCAUGACAAGAUGGAAUGCGAUGUGUAUGUCAUGCAUGAAAUGUUUAUGAAUAGACGAAAACACUGCAUAUUUUACACUGAUGCUGAUAUAUUAUUGCUGUCUUCUGGUGAAGUCUGCACAGACUUGGAAAGCUUUUACGUUUAAGAUGUUUUUGUAGUUAAGAUAUAAUACAAACUGUAACAAUAGGAGAAAAAGUUAGCUUAUUUGCAUACAGAUUAAUUUCUAUAUUUGGUGAGCCACUUUGCACUCAUUAAUUUUUUUCUUAGUUUGACCCAGUAUACAUGAAGUGCAGAAGCAAACUUCACAAUGUCUGAGCCUCGUUGGCUAGCUGCCUUGUGGGUCAAUUUCUGUGGUAGACCCACUCUGUUGCACAGAUCUUGCGCCUUUUGAAAUGUGCAUGUUUGAAGGUUUUUAUGCUCUGGUCUCGGAUAUAGAUGCUCACUUUCCACAGUAUGUACAAGCAAGUGUAGUGGGUACUUUAUUUUGAUAAAGGAAGUAAGCGUGGCCUACAACUUUCAAAACAUACAGUUAUUUGCACUGAACAUAAAGUGAUGCCUUCUGCUUCAAGAGUUCAAACACUACUCUGUAUUCUGAACUAUCACGUGAAAUAGCUUGAUGAAGACAAUGAAGUGGGGUGUGAGUGAUAAAAGGGAGAGUAUUGCGGUGCGUGAAAAAAAAAUAAAUAUUGAUGCACAUAUGUCCCCAUGAAUUUUUCAAUAGAUGCAACAGCAAUCUUCCUUCUGUCCUUCACAUAGUUGUCAAUGCUUUAUGUCUGCGCACUCAUCACAAUAUUCUUGCCAUCAUAGUCAAGUUGCACCACUCAUAUCGGUACUGUAGUCGCCUAUAUGCAAUAUACAACUGUGUCUGGGUAAAUCCGUAUCUAGUUAGGCUGCAAUACAUCAAACCGCAAACAAGAAAAACUUCGUUUUUCUCCCAGGAAUUAUUGUGCAGUGAUUUACUGUGAUUGUUCUAGCUUUAGUACAGAGUGCUGUUUUUAUGGUAAGUUGUGUGCUUAUACAUCUGUGACAUAGAAGUUUAUAAAAAAAAAAAAAAAACAUGUGCACCCUAAUACAGCAUCUCUUGUUUUUAUUAACAACCCACAUAAUGAAUAUAUAUUGCUUAUGGAAAUGUUCAAGUUACUUAUUGGGAAUGUUAAAUAUUUUUUUUCAGACUUAUGCUGGGUGUUUUUCAUGUUUAUUAUUUGUUAUAGUUUGCUACAUUGUGCUUAUAUUUGCUUAUGCAUAAGCAAUAUAGGUGGUCUCUGAGUGAGGAUGCUUUUUGAAAUUGCACGGUUGCUGUAAAGAAGGGCAGCCACAAUGGAAACUACUUUGCCGUAGUUGCCAUAUCAAUAUCUGGCAAAAUCUUAGAAGCAUUUUCGGUCUGCUGCGUUGUGUUUUUAAUGCAACAAAUUAGGUGGGCAGCUCUGUCCCGCAAGUCUAGUUUGUCUGCUGUCGGCCAUUUGUUUUGACAUAUUGUUCUGUAUGAAAUGUUUUUAUAGGUUGUUAAGGAAAGUGAUUGAGGGUACAAAUCUAUGGCUUGUGUUCAAUAUUGCAUGAAUGGAAGAAAAUGGCGGUGCAGUUUUCAUUCAUCAAAACUGUUCACUUUUGUGUAUAAGGUCAGAAGUACAUUUAUUACAUUGCCACUUUUUUAAUUUGCCUCUCUUUAUGCAUUUUAAUCAAGCUGCUCUUUUACUUUUUUCUGUUCAGCACUUACAGGUUGUACCUUAAAAAAUGUUAUGCUUUUAUGAAGUGCUAAAAGAUUUUAUAUGCAUUUUAGAAAUGUUACUCCUUUUUGUAAGAUUAAAUGCACAUUGGCAACAAGUGGUGGUCUUGCAAGCUCCGAAGCAUUAUUGCCAUUUUCCUAUUUUCUUGCACUUGUGUCAGAGCCUGUUAUUUUUGCUUUACUGUCUUUUCGUAAAUAAGAGUAUGAUUUCUUUGGGGUUUUUUUUUUACUGAAUGCCUUGGUCCACAACAUAUUGCUUGCUGAUGUUGCAUUGUUAUCUACGUGAUGGCAACACAAGAAGAUAGUACAUCUCUGCUUGAGUAACAGAUUCAGGGAAAUGUUUUUCUCUCAGGAUUUCGGCGUCAUGUACAAGUCUAAUUGACUAGCCCCCGUUUAAUUCUGUAGUGACAGAAAACACCUGUCCAGCCAGUGUAAUCGUACGAAAAUGUACAAUGUGAUGUUACUGAUUGUUGCUGUUGAGCAACCACGAAAAUACCAUAUGGACUUUUUAGGUGGUUGCAAGCUUGUUCAUAUUAUGUUGUAAUGUAUAUGCUGUUUGUUCACUUUUAACUUUUCUUGUGUGUCAGUUGAGUGCAAUAAUUGGAAACUUGUGAUUCUAGGUAUUUGUGCCUGGCAGGCUGCUACAUGUCUAUACAUUGUAAUGGUGUAUGCACGCAUACAUACUUAGAAUUGUCUCUUGCAUUCAAUUCAAACUGGUGCACUGACCAUCAUUUGUGUAAAGUGUAUUUAAAAGGCAAGUUCUAUUUUAAAGUAUUGGUGUAACAAUGGGAAUUGGAGGCUGUCAAGCAAAUUUACUGCUCAGUGAUCGAUCAAGUGCACCAUCUAAGACAACGAGCAAUGAGGUUGUCUGGAUACAACUUAUAUAGCAUUCUUAUUUUCAAGGCCGGUACACUACCAACCACUUCCAAGCUUCCUUUCUGCAGGAAGCUGUAUCACUGCGCCUGGAAUUCGUCGCACACAGCGCCUCUUAUGUGAUCUGGCAUCUCAAAAACACAAGCCUCACCGUAACGACUGCUUUAUGAACUGGCAAUGAUGGAAAGUAGGUCGUGGCACAUUGAUUUUCCAGAGUCCUGCUAACUGGAGGAAAACGUGAAAUAGAAAAAGUGCCUCAGAAGGGUUGGAUGACCAUUUUCUCCUUACAUUAAAUUGGGCAGGCUAGAAAAAAAAACACGAUAAAAAUUUUUAAUACUUACCUGUAAGUGUAGUACUUUAGAGCCUACUUUCUUUAUAAAUCCAUAAAUUAAGACUGGUUCGUAUUGAGUACAGUUACAGUGGUACUUCAUGAACGAGAUGGUCUGCAUCAAGGCAUCAGGGUUGUUGGUGACUGGGCUCAUGUGAAGCUUCAGGUCUUGAUAAUCAAGACUGCUGCUUGUGCAGAUACAUACUUGUGAACAAGACGUACAAAUGUUUGAUGAGACACUGAAAUGUGGAUGGUCUAUAGCCAUGCAGCAGUUCAUGUAGCCCCCUCUAGUCUGUGGUAUAUUUUUCUGAAAGUGGCCCUGGCAUUGAGCACAGCUGUGUUGUAAAAAGACCAUCCUUUAUGUUGACUAACAGCUGCUGGUGUCAUGAUUCUGGUGAAUUAAUGCCGACUGAAAGUAGUGAUAUAACCUUUACAGUGACUAUUUUUAUUGCAGCUCGAGAUGUGCGUGGGAUGCAGAUGAGUUGCACAGAGUUAGUCUAGUCCAUGUAGACAAAACAUACUCUAGGUUUCGUACAAAAGCAGUUUUUUUCUACAGUUUGUGCAAAGAUAGCUAUUGCACAUUUUUGCCCAUUACUCUAAACAACGCUUGGAAAGCCAGUUAAGCAUUUCCAUUUUGCAAAGUACAAAUGCGUGCUGAUUUCAUAGUUUUGCAUUAAACAAAUAUAACAAAGUACGCAAAGGUCAUUUUCGCUGUUUUUAUUGCCAGUGUGCACUAUCAGUGUGUGACAGUGCUGCAGCUGUGUAAGUGAACUUCCCUUGCAUCUGUGAUGUGUACACUGUGAAGAAUAUAAUGGUGUCUUGUUAAUUGUUGCCUGAUUUGUGUGCACAGAUGUAGCUGUAAUUACACUUGAUGGACUCACUGUCAGUUGGUUGCCCCAAGUUUCUGAAUAGCACCACCUGUUUUGUGCUUGUUCAUCCUUGAUGGCACAUUGACCUACUGUCUGCUAGUGCAUGAUGUGGAGGUACAAAGCAACUUGUUUAUGUGUGUACAGUAUGCACAGCCCAAAGGAAUGUUUAAAAUGGUGUACUUCAGUAGAAAUAAACUUGCUGCAAUGGUUGACAA